AUGCAGCCACAGGGAUGGCAUAAAUUCAGAAACCUUUGUGAGAGAGCAGAUGGUGCCUUUAUCCCAUUCACUGAUGAUUUUGACAAGACUGCUGUAACUACAUCUGUGAAAGGGAUGAGAGAGAUUGGAAAUCUUGAAAUUAUUGACUUGCAAUCUCCAAUUGACAUUCUCAUUGGAAAGCAAGUAAUGAAAGUCGGAAGAAGUUCUAGUUUGACUACAGGAACUGUAUUGGCAUAUGCUCUAGAGUACAAUGAUGAAAAAAGGAUAUGCUUCUUGACUGAUUUUCUUGUUGUCGGCGAGAACCGACAAACUUUUGACCUUGAAGGCGACGAUAGUGGAAGUCUCAUCGUUUUGAAGGGUGAAAAUCAUGAAAUGCCACGUCCAAUUGGGAUAAUCUGGGGUGGGACUGCAAAUAGGGACCGGCUUAAACUGAAAGUUGGCCAGCCUCCAGAGAACUGGACUAGUGGAGUUGAUCUUGGGCAGCUGCUCAAUUUCCUUGAACUCGAUCUGAUCAAUAUAGAGAGAAUGGCCUAG